CUUUCACUGUGUCUCUCGCUUCAGAGCAUUGAAGUUUCGUCAAAAUUCACAUACGGCGGAGUACAAAAUGACGGAACCUGAACCGGACCAACCCGGUAUUUACCGGAGUGAGCAGAUGACAUUAGCACAGCUUUUUCUUCAGUCCGAGGCAGCUUAUCAAUGCGUCGCCGAACUUGGAGAACUUGGUCUGGUACAGUUCAGAGAUUUGAAUCCGGACACGAGUGCUUUCCAGCGGAAGUAUGUGAACGAAGUUCGACGUUGCGAUGAAAUGGAGCGCAAGCUAAGGUACCUGGAGAGGGAAAUCAAAAAAGAUCAAAUACCAAUGUUAGACACUGGAGAAAAUCCGGAUGCUCCUCAACCUCGUGAAAUGAUCGAUCUCGAGGCAACGUUCGAAAAACUUGAGAAUGAACUCCGUGAAGUGAACAGAAAUGAAGAAACGCUCAAGAAAAACUUCUCUGAAUUGACAGAAUUGAAACACAUACUCAGAAAGACCCAAACGUUUUUCGAAGAGGUGGAGCACGAUCGGCGACGUUUCGGUGAAUCAACUAGAACGAGGACAAUAAGCGGAGAACAAGAGCCCCUCAUCGUAACCGCCGAGGAAGAAAUGCCAUCUGGACCUGGGCUAUCGAUGACCAUGCUCAGACUUGGGUUUGUCGCUGGAGUCAUCCGCAGGGAACGGCUUCCGGCAUUUGAGAGACUUCUAUGGCGUGCAUGCCGUGGAAAUGUGUUCCUGCGAACUUCCGAGAUUGAUGAUGUUCUCAAUGAUACCGUUACGGGAGAACCGGUGAACAAGACUGUUUUUAUAAUAUUCUUCCAAGGUGAUCAACUCAAGACAAAAGUCAAGAAAAUCUGUGAGGGAUUUCGUGCAACGCUAUAUCCCUGCCCAGAUACGCCACAAGAGCGUCGGGAGAUGUCUAUUGGAGUUAUGACUAGAAUAGAAGAUUUGAAAACUGUGUUGGGACAGACUCAAGACCAUCGUCAUCGUGUCUUAGUGGCUGCUUCGAAGAAUGUGCGUAUGUGGUUAACAAAAGUUCGAAAGAUCAAGUCUAUCUAUCAUACACUCAAUCUCUUCAACAUCGAUGUCACACAUAAAUGCCUCAUUGCUGAGUGUUGGUGCCCAGUCAGCGAAUUAGAACGUAUCAAGAUGGCACUGAAAAGGGGAACGGAGGAAAGCGGUAGCCAAGUCCCAUCUAUAUUAAAUCGAAUGGAGACGACAGAAGCUCCUCCAACUUAUCAUAAGACUAAUAAGUUUACGAAGGGCUUUCAAAACAUCGUAGACGCUUACGGGAUAGCUACUUAUCGCGAAAUCAAUCCAGCGCCCUAUACGAUGAUUUCGUUCCCAUUUCUGUUCGCAGUGAUGUUUGGCGAUAUGGGGCAUGGCGCAAUCAUGCUCAUGGCUGCCCUCUUCUUCAUUCUAAAAGAGAAGCAGCUUGAAGCUGCUCGCAUCAAGGAUGAGAUUUUUCAAACAUUUUUUGGUGGACGAUAUGUGAUAUUCCUGAUGGGAGCCUUCUCUGUCUACACAGGACUACUAUACAAUGAUGCAUUUGCGAAGAGUCUGAACAUUUUUGGCUCUGGUUGGACAAAUUGCUACGAUAUCCAAGAAAUCGAUAGACUGCAGUUGCCCCCGGAGAAAAUGUUGAUGUUGAUUCCAGAGAAGGCGUAUGAUUCUGCUGGUGGCCCAUAUCCGAUCGGAGUUGAUCCAGUUUGGAACCUGGCGGAAUCGAAUAAACUAAACUUCCUAAAUUCUCUAAAAAUGAAGAUGUCGGUGAUCUUGGGCAUAGCGCAGAUGACAUUUGGUGUGUUGCUGAGUUACCAAAAUUACAAAUAUUUCAAAUCCGAUCUGGACAUCAAAUUUAUGUUCAUACCACAGAUGAUCUUCUUAUCGAGUAUAUUCAUUUAUCUUUGUUUGGAGAUUAUCGCCAAAUGGAUAUGGUUCACUGCGGGGCCCCAAGAAUCCGUACUGGGUUACAAAUAUCCUGGAUCAAAUUGUGCACCAUCACUGCUAAACGGACUCAUCAAUAUGUUCAUGUUCAAGACUAUGGGAAAAGGUUUUGUGGAGGAGGACGGUACACAAAAAUUCCAAUGCUAUCUCAAUAACUGGUAUACUGGACAGGGUUUCUUCCAACCGCUCUUCGUUCUUAUUGCAAUGGCUUGCGUGCCAAUAAUGCUAUUUGCAAAACCAUACCAUCUUUGGAAAGCGGAUAAGGAACGGCGAGCUGGCCAUACGCAACUGAGUGUGCGUGCGGAUAUGAAUGGAGACGACGCAGAAGUUGUUCAUGCUGAUCCUAAGCCCGCUGCUGCAAGCAAUGGUGGUGGAGGCCACGGUCAUGACUCUGGUCCAUUCGAUUUCGGCGAGAUAAUGGUAUACCAAGCUAUCCAUACGAUCGAAUUUGUCCUUGGAUGCGUUUCACAUACGGCAUCGUACCUGCGUCUUUGGGCUCUUUCACUUGCUCAUGCGCAGCUUUCGGAUGUAUUAUGGACCAUGGUUUUCCGUCAUGCUUUCCGUCUUGAUGGUUAUUACGGAGCUGUAGCAACUUACGUUCUUUUCUUCAUAUUCGGCUCUCUCACAAUAUUCAUUCUGGUGCUUAUGGAGGGAUUGUCAGCAUUCUUGCAUGCACUGCGUCUUCAUUGGGUUGAGUUCCAAUCGAAGUUCUAUGGCGGAUUGGGUCAUCUAUUCGUGCCAUUCUCAUUCGAAAAAAUUCUUGAAGAGGAGCGUGAAGCUGAAGAGAAUCUGUAG